UCUUGACGCCAGCGGGCGCUCUUUGUCUCAACGAACGCCACAGCGAAGGGCGCUGUAAGGUGCUGUUUUUCGCCGUGAAUGGAGGGCGUUCCGUCGAAUAGUCUGUGUAUAGUUACAGAGUGAUGGGAAAGGUGCGGUUAGGAUGUGUGGGGAAAGGCUGACCGGACCUCGGUGGGUGAGGAGAGAUGCAGCGGGUGUACUGUAAAGAUUUCAUGGUGUUCUCUGAAGAUAGUUGGUAUGUUUUCCUGUCACCUUGACCAGUAUUUUUCCUUCGACCAAGACCAUCAAAAAUGGAUUAACUGCUGCUGAAUUGACAUUGCGGCAUGAAUAAGGUGGAAAUGAUCAAUACUACAGGAAUUGGAUGGUGACCAGAUCUCUCUCAUUUGACAUUAACAGAGCCUUAUACCACUUAUAUCCUUGGCAGGGUGACCAUUUGUUCUACAGAACAUUUCAGACAUUUGCUUUUAGUAACUGACCAAGCUGCAGUCUGCUAACCAGAGCAUGUCUCUGACGGAGAGUUCCCAUCCUCUGCCAGACAAGAAAAAGCCUGAUGAGAAGUUGCAGAAAGAAAAAAAAAUUCCAGGUCGUUGCUCCCUUUUCAAUAGGAAUGAAAAGAUCGUAAUUACGCGAAGUGACAGCUGUACGGAUGAAAAUGUAUUAAAAAUCACCAUCACAGAGACUACUGUCAUUGAAUCAAACUCUGGAGUUUGGAGUGUCAAGGCCAUGAUGUAUCUUAGCCUCUGGUACUUUUUCAGUUUCUGUACACUCUUCCUCAACAAAUACAUCCUGACUUUGCUGGAAGGAGAACCAGGAGUGCUGGGUGCUGUACAAAUACUUACAACCACUGUGAUUGGUUGUUUCAAAAUAUACAUCCCGUGUUGUUUAUAUCAGCAUAAAACCCGAGCUGAAUAUCCAUCAAACUUCAUUAUGAUUAUGUUUUUUGUAGGAUUAAUGAGGUUUACUACUGUUGUUUUGGGACUGGUAAGCCUAAAAAAUGUAGCUGUUUCAUUUGCAGAAACUGUAAAAAGUUCAGCGCCAAUCUUCACUGUAAUUAUGUCUAGGCUUAUUCUGGGAGAAUACACGGGUUUAUGGGUUAACAUGUCUUUAAUGCCUAUAAUGGGUGGAUUGGCAUUGUGUACAGUCUCAGAAAUCAGCUUUAACAUGCUUGGCUUCUCGGCUGCUUUGUCCACCAAUAUCAUGGACUGUUUACAGAAUGUCUUCUCUAAAAAAUUGCUUAGUGGAGACAAAUAUAAAUUCUCACCACCUGAACUGCAGUUUUAUACUAGUGCUGCUGCUGUGGUAAUGCUAAUUCCAACCUGGAUGUUUUUUAUGGAUAUUCCAGUCCUUGGGAAAAGUGGACAAAGUUUCAAUUUUGACCAAGAUAUUGUGUUGCUGCUGCUUAUUGAUGGAAUCUUAUUCCAUAUUCAGAGCGUGACUGCAUAUGCUUUAAUGGGAAAGAUAUCACCUGUUACUUUCAGCGUUGCCAGCACUGUGAAGCAUGCCCUUUCAAUUUGGCUCAGCAUCAUCAUCUUCAGCAACAGGAUUACUGCAUACUCUGCCUUUGGGACAGCAUUGGUCAUCAUUGGAGUGUUCUUGUAUAAUCAGGCUCGGCAGUAUCAACGAGAAAAAAUCCAGUCUUUGGUAUCUUGUAAUAACAAUGGACAGGAGGUUCAGCAUCUGUUAAGUGAGGACAUUUAAGACCCUCAAAAAUAAAAGUAACAAAAGUACAUUUUAAAAAUUCCAAUUCUAAAAAUUGUAACUGUUUCUAAAAGAUAGCAUUGUUGUUUCCAAAAUGUUUAAGAAAUACAGUCAUCAAAAACUUGCAUUUAUAUAGAUCUUUACCUUAAUAAAGCAUUCCAAGGCACUUCAUAUGAACAUUAUAUAACAACUUUUUACACACAGCUGCAAAGAUUCUUGGGCAGCUUCAUCAAAGACAGGUUUAACAGAGCACUUAAAGGAGGAAAGAAAGGCAGAGAAGAUUAGAGCAGGAAUUUUGGAGCUUGGGAUGUUUACGUUUGAAGACACGGCUGCCUAUAGCGGAUUAAUGAAGUUAUGGAUGGUAAAAUGUGGGUGGCCAGCGAGGAGUGCACUGGACUAGUUUAGUCUGGAGAUAAUAAAGACAGCAGCAUAGAAAGUUAGGUGAUGUUAGAGUUGUAAAUUAAGGAGGCCUAGUGAUGCUACGGUUGGAAGUUGAUCUCGGAGGUCAGAUGUGACUGCAAGUUUGUGUACAACCUCAGACAGUUGACAGGGAGAAUGAUGUACCCUGGUUGAUUACCAGAGAGAUCUGUGGAGCACUGUCAAGUACUUUGUCUAUUUUAAUAUAAUGGCGUCCUUUUAAUUUCAUCGAAACUGUAACUUUGACAGCAAGAAAAAUUGCAGAUCUGUAAGCAGUCCAGAAAAUCUGACAUUAUUUUGAAUAUAUAGUAGCUUCAGCUUAAUUUAUAUUUUUUUGUUCAACAAAAUGGACACAGUACUUGAUAAUUAAAUGUAUUGCAUUUUUGAUUGAGAACUGUUAAUGAUUUAUUGCUUUUUCUCACAAAAACCAAGCUCCCAAUAUUUGUUUAAAACUGUAAUGAAAUGUGUAAUCAUUGAAACCUACUCCUCAGGGUUUACUAAUGUGAACUGUUUCUGUCAAAUGCUAAACUUUCACUAAUGAAUUGAGACUUUACAGUGUUAUGGAAUUUCAAAGAGUUGUAUUCAUUUAAGUUCAUGAAACAAUCUCUGUGCUUUUUGUGACCAGAAUUGAGCUUUUUAACGUGAAACAGCAAUUACUUGUUUACUGUGUAAAUCUAAAGAUUGUGUGUGUGUCUGGGUGGGCAGAGAGAAUGCAUUUUGAAUAUGACAUAAAAUUGACAUUUGUAUAGUAUUUCAUGUGAAAAUAGAACUGGAGAAAAUUCUGUUGAUUUGAGCUCAAUAUUAAAGAUUGCUGCUUUACCCAGGACAUGUAAAUACUCUCCAGCCAAUGGAACCUUGUCUGGUAUUUGCUACUUCAGACACAACUUGCCCUUUUUAACAAAAAAUAUUACUUGAAGGUCUACUAGUUGAAAUAUUAAUUCUCUUCCCAAUGCACUUUAAGGUAAACCACUAUAUUUAAAGCCUAACGUUUUCCCUUUUGGGAAAGGCUUUCCUUGCCAACAUUGUUUAUAGUUGUACUUAGUUAAAUAUAGUACUCUAUUUUAAUUCUUUGUUCUAUCUAGAACAUUAUUAUGGGUACAAAAUUGAAAAUCAGUGAUAUAGAUAACUGGAUCCUCCUCAAGUUUAUUUGGUCCAUGUAAUAUCCCAAUGUUUAUUGUGUUGGAGAGCAAUUUGUAUUAUUUGCACAAAACCAAAAUUACCUUGUUAAAGUACACAUUAAAUCAAUAAAGGAAAUUAUGGUGAAUUGUGAUAAUUUUAAGAAUAACAUGUAAACAGUGACCAACUUGGCAAAUGGAGCUGAUCUCCAUUGUUGAACUACAACAAUUUGUAUAUAAACAGUUUUGAUAUUACUAUAAAUGCUCUGUUUUAUAUAAAUGUUGUAAACUUCAUAAAUAUUUGAUUAAAUACCACCUG